AGAAUACCAGUAAACUUAUUAUUCCGAUUCCAAUCUAAAUAUUAUGGUUAUGUUACGUUGAAUCCAUCGUAAAUCAUAAUAUCUGAGAUAUGAUUAAUGAUAAAUAGGUAGGUAUUAAAGUUUUAUGCGUGAACUUAAACGCAACUUAUUUUAUGGCAUCAUGACUGCUUUCGAAGUUUCCAUGGUGAUCAAAACAGUCAACAUAACUCUUUGUUGAGAGCGAAAAGUUUCGAAAACUACAACGAUAAGUGAUUUUCUUGCUCUAAAACAAUGACGGAACAAAUAAAGUUCAUCGUAAAGGAGAUAAACGCAAGUUUGGGGCGGAAGUACGACUUGAUAAAGUUCGACGCCUUGGAUGAAAAACAGUUACUGCAACUGCUCGUCGAUUUACUCGUAGCCUUUAAUGCGGGCGAAAAGUUGGACGUUCGCGACGAUGACCCCGAGACCGUGUCGGUCCGUCUGCUGGAGAUGCUCGGCAGCGUCAAGUACCGACCGCCAGCGGGCGAGGAUCCGCCGAGGUUCCGGGCUCUGCUGCUCGCAGGUGACGCCAACACUGUGCACCACGUGCUGUACUGGCUGCUGGCCAACAAGGAGCACGUCACUAACACCGCUUACCUGGCCAAAUAUUUGAAGAUACCAGAUAUACCAACCGACGUAGCACGUAAUAAUACUAUACAAGAUUUACUGGACUUGUACCAGAAUCUGAUAGAUGAAUUUAAAGAGGUGCACAAGCGCACUAGGAUGUUACAAAAGGAAAAUGCGUCUGAAAUCAUUAAUGACAUCAAGGAGAUGGCGGUCGAGCGCGAUAUAGUUAUUAAGCGAUUAGAGAACGUGCAAGUUAAUUUGAUAGACGUAGGCAAUAAGGAAGAGUUGAUGAAUAUUAGCAAGGCUCUAAGGGUUCAACAGGAAAUGACGAGCACGCUGGAGCACCAGUAUGAGACUCAACAAGCCCAGUUGAAAGCCGCUUCGGACCAAUUGAAGAGAUAUUUAAAUGUCAUACAUGGGCAAAGUGCGGCGCCGAAAACUGUUAACGACGUGAUUAAACGUCUGAACGAGGAAAUUCAGCUGAACAGCUACCUCGUAAAGGAGAAACUGCCGCAAGAAGCUGCGCACCUGCAGAAAGAGCUGAAUAUUAUGCAAACUAUUGCCAUGGAGCAACAUCCCACUCGGUCGGAUUUAAUGGCUGUGCAAGACAAGAUAGCUGUGGUGAACAGCGAAAUCGAACAGCUCGUGCAGCGUCGCUUGGCAUCCUCGACGCCGCAAGAGGACAAGCUGGCGCCGUUCCGACAGCAGGCGGCGGUGAUCCGGCGCAAUAAGGACGCCAGUGCCGCGCGCGCCGAUGAGUUGGCAGCGUCUCUGCGCGAGUAUGAGGCCACUCUGGCUGAUUUGCAGUCUCAGGUUCGUCAACUUCUCGGAGACACAAUCCUCAGGGGAGAGGAGUUAAAGAAAUACGUCAACACGCUACGUACUAAGAGCACAAUAUACAAAAGACAGAGGGCCAACUUAUCAACGUUUAAGGUCGAGGCGGGAAUCUUAACGCGGACGCUACAUGUCCUGAGCGCCGCUGAUCCUACCGUGGAAUUGGCUCUAGUGAAUCACAAGAAAACGAAGAUUGAAGACGAUGACGCCGCCGAAAAAGAACUUAAGCCGGCGGAUUUAGAGAAAAAAUCUUUGCAUGACUUAUCGCAGUUAGUGGCUCAAACAGCUCAGAAACUGUCUCAAGUGCGCCAAGAAAUACAACCACUCGCGGACAAAAUAAAACCGAUAAAAGAGCAAUUUCAAUCAGUACAGCAGCAAUACGAUCAGAAGAAGCGCGUUUACGAAGCCACCUCCAUCAACAUUACUUCGCAAAUGGAACCAUUCAAGAAUCAAGUGAAAGAGUUGACUGACCAACUCAAUAGUAAGGAGGAGGAAUGGAAAAACUUGCGGCAAAAGAUAACAAAAGCCGAAAGUUUACAAGAGGUUGUGAUGUUUGAGAUGAAAAACUCAAUGCAAUCCCCGCGGAGACCCUCGAAAACCGAGACUUUGAUGAAAAAGGUUGCUGAUAUGGAGCAAAUUGUAAAGAACUUGGAGGAGGAACAGAAGGUGAUCAGUUCCCGUCAAGGCGUAGUGGAAGAGCAGACGCGACUGUGGGAGAACACGCUGGAGUUGUUGCGCUGCAAGCUACGUGCGCGGACGCAGCCUUCUGCGCGCCAGGGCCGCAUGCACAUCACGCAGCACUCGCAGAUGCUUACCCUGACAUAAUCAGAGGGAUUUGGUUUAAAUUAAAGAAUCAUUUAUUGUAGAAAGGAUGUAAAGCCUAAGAAAAAAUCGUGGUCUCGUGUUGUAACACGAAUUUAAUGGCACUAUACGAUCCUUUGGGGUAACGGAACAGUCAAAAUAAAAAUUGACAACCAAAACUACCGUAUGGUGCACGUGGCCGAACAACGACAUUAACUUUAGCUGUCAAAUUUGAGGCACAAAACUUUAGACUUUAUACUUCUAUUAUUAACUCAUUCGCUGCGUUACGGGAAGCAUUUGGCCGUAUUUGACUUUUCUCCGGUGCGGCAGCUAUCUGCGCUCGUCUUACUCUCGGUACGUAGGUGGUUUUUCUGUUCCUGUGUAAGUAAUAAAAAGAUGACUAUACUCCCAAUAUUGUAUGAUUUCUAUAGUAAUCUAAAUUGUAUUUUUUCUUAUUUAAUGCAUGUUAAUUAUAAGAUAUAAUGUUUUGAAAAGAUGUGUCCCACAGAGUUUUUUGUCGGUCCAUAUUGGGAUACCCUCCUCCAAUUGAGGGGGGAUUUAAAUCUUCUUGGGUCAGAGGUGUAGGGUUAGAGUCGGUGUAGCUUUAUUUGACGUUCAUUAGCGCAUUGUAAUAUGCCUACUUGAACAAUAAACUAUCUUUAUCUUUAUUCUUACUUCGAGUAUAUAACAUUUCAAAAGAAAAAAUGUACGGGUAGUAUUUUUACGUAACGCACUGAAAGGUUAUUGUUUAUCUUUGGUGCGACACGGGUGCUAUUUGUCCGUAACCCAUCACCCCGUACCGCACCGAAAGGCAGGUACGCAGCGCUUAGAUUGGCUAUUUGUUAGGAAAAAAUCUUCUUUCCUAGCUAUUGCCAAAAUAAUGACCUUACCUUGAAAAUAGUCAUUCAUUAAUAACAAAGUAAAUUAAAAUAGAAAUACUGCAUUUCAGACCUUAUUAUGUUUCUAUCAUUACUUGAAAAACUUAAGUAUGAAAAUAUUCAUCGGCCUUAGAUACCCACGCUUUUGAUACAGGUUUAUAUUGCCCGGGAUAUUGUUUAUGCCGUAACCUUCACAGCUUAACCUUUUAACCGCCGUAGUUUGAUAUACAGGGUGAUUUCUGGGUCGUGAUCCAGAACCACUUUUUCUGACUCUGUAAAUGAUCCACAUUAUCAUAUGGUAGUAUUUGAUUAAAAUAUAAUUAGUGAUUUUUUUCUUAUUUUUAAGUAAAAUUAAUCUUAUACUAAGUAAUCAUGGUCACCCUAUGACUUUUGACAUACACUGUAUGGAAAGCGACAAGACGUCACAUUGAGUAGGGUGACCAAAUUGUAUGCAAAAAAAAAAAAUUCUACUGGUCAUCUGAAAAAUAAUCAUCAUUAUUGGUGAUAAUAAAUAAUUAGCAACAUCAUUAGGCUCAUCUUUGAAUUCUGUAUGAUGUAUAGUUCUCUUGUUCCACGACCCCGAAAUCACCCUGUAUAAGACAUACAAUAUCCAGCUCAUUUCGCCGUAGUCUGGUAAAUAAGACAAAACUUCGUGGAACUUCGCACCAGCGGCGACGCGAAAAAGCUUGAUGAAAAAUUCAAAGCGGAUAAAAGGUUAAAAUUGAGAAAGGCUAAGAAAGAUUUCGUGAUUAUAUGUAUUUUUAACUUAAAUGAGUAAUUACACAAAUAAAAUCUUACUCAGUUCACCGA